AUGCAGUCUGCUGAUAGAGGACAGUAUGAAGUACUGAAGGAUGAUGACGUGUCAGUUACUCCAGGGCCCUCUGGCGUACUGCAGUCAAAUACCCUACGACUCGACGAGACCCAUAAUCUGGAUGCCUUCUUCUCCAAUAUCUACCAAUACCACCAGUCAGGCGGCUUUGCUGUAAGGGCUUAAAGUUUUUUUGUGGCAUUCGAUUCAUUAUGCGGAGGUGGUUUUUCCUUUUUCUCUUCCCUGUCAAUAUACACAACUAGCGAGCCGGGUUGGUGUGCCACCAGUCUCGCCGGAACGAUCUGUUUUGGGAGAUUAGUCGUUAACCAUUCUAAUUAAUGAAAAAUUCAUUACAAAAGGCGUACUAUCUGGAGCGAAUUGACAAUGCCGCGAACGAGGAAGUAUAUGAUCUAAGUAUACCCUUCGUCGAUGGAAUUACGACUAACCCGCGUAGUUGGAAAAAGGAAUUGUCAAUGUAACACUGAACGUCCACGUCCAUGACGUCGGACUGCGUUAUACUUUUUGGCUGCACCCAGCAAAAUUUGAAAGUAAUAAAAGAGGACCGUAGACAGACUACAUAUACCAGACAUUUUCGAACUCAGUUAUUCCAGGCCCCCGAGCACAUUUGCCUCUGGUCUUACCUGUGUCUACAUCAGUAGUUUUCUGUCGGGCUAUGUUUAACGACAGCUAACCUUUAGAGUGCGGGUUGGGGCGGCAUGAAACCUCAAAGGCAGCCGGCUGAUCAAAUCUCGCACUCCCUCAGCAACAAAUGUAGUACUUGGCAGUCUCUGAUCAGUAGACUCGACCCUGUUUGUGCGGCUGAGUAGAGGAGCCGUCUGGAAUAACUCGAUUAAAUUUCUAAAACGGGGCAUGCGCAUACAUAGAGGGUUUUUGAAAUAGGAGUACAGCUGUCGGCGAAGAGUACCACUGCUUUCGUUCGUCCCGUUCUCCUGAGCUCGCAGCACUCCGAACAGCAUCUUUCGACGAUCUUUGAGCGCCACCAACGAUCUCGGACUUCCACAUACUCGCGCAAACUUUACUAAUUACUUCCUAAAAAAACUUCCUCGCCCUCGUUCCUCACAGUCGACACAGUCCCAAAAUGCAUGCUACAUUGCGAUCGGUCUCGCUAAUUUGCACCGCAUAUGCUUAUAUGCCCUGACGUCUGUGUGAGUUUAAUACUAGUUCGUCAAAUUCGCAAAUCUCUUGUAUAUUCCGAAUUUUUUGUCAAGUUAGUUGCCAAAUUGUCUAGUAUCGUUUCCGUUAGAUCACAGAACGCGUGAGAAAUCGUGUGCUUGAUUUACAGACACCAGAAAUGUCACUCCUUCACUGAGACACCAGAAAUGUCACUCCACUGAUUUUGACAUACAACCCCAUCUGAUAUAGUCUCGCGAACAACUCAGUCCUGUGCGCCUUCGAUGAAGAUGUACGACAACUUAGUCUGAUUCCGACAGUAAAGAGUGGAAAUUUAUGCUCUGUAUAUUACCCCUGAGAGAGGCCUUUAAAGGCUGCUUAGAAUUCCAAUUCCGUCUCUGAAGAUGUUUUGUAGUUUUAAUUCCUGCUCGCUGUUGCGUCUGCAGAAGCCCGAUAUAGACUCCAACCCUUGUACGUCGAGUUAUAAGGCACGCUAAUGGGUGCUAUUAAGUUCCUCAUUUGUACGUCGCCAGCUGCAUAGGGCUGAAGGCAAACAUUAGCUGUUUUAGUCGCUGUACGUGCAUCAGUUUUGAAUCCUGUCGGAGGUGUUUUAUUCAUGCCCAUCAGCCUUUACUAUCUAGCUUUUCAUGCAUAGUUAACUUCCAAACGAAAAUAUGAGCAAGGACUCCUUACAAACUGCGGGCGUAUGAAGUUCGCCUAUGGCCAGAGGCGUGUUGGUAGGCCGCCUCAUGCAUAUAAAAAGUAGCCGAGAUUGUUCUUCAACGUGCUGGGCCCUUCACGGUUGAUUUCGGUGUCUUCUCCUGAUCAGAGAAAGAACUUGCACACAGUGUUCUUCACAACGUUGAGUUAACCAUCUAAGUCCCUCGAUACUACACUUUUUAUUAUUAGGGCUUUUUAUGAAGGGUUAUAUCUCUAGCGGCAUCGUGAGUCCCUAUAGCGGAUAAUGGCACUAGAUCGUGUACCGCCAAAAAUCAUUGACAUGAUCGAGGCCUAUUACUGCCCUCAUCACUGCGCGAGUUCUGGUUCAUAACAAUAUUUCCCAUCCGUUCGGUAUUCGGUCAGGCGUUCGACGGGUUUGUAUCCUGUCGCCCAUUCGCUUCAAAUACGCUACUGACAGAAUUCUCGGGAGGGCCCUACAUGAAGGUGACAGUGUUGAGUUCGCACGCGGACACCGGUUGACUGAUCUCGACUAUGCCGAUGACAUCGCCCUGCCAGCUUCAAGUGUUGGUGAUCUACAGUCUAUGGUGACACGGGUGAACGAGGUCGCUAAGUCGGUCGGUCUAUCGAUAAGCGCUGAGAAGACCAAAGUGCUUUCAAGCUGUAUCCUUGACCAGGAGAAGGCACCUCUCGAGAUUGAUGGCUGUCAGCUUGAAGAAGUAGACACUUAAAUACAUCGGGAUGAGUCUGCUGCCGAGUGGGCAGUGAGGACGACAUCGUCUCCCGAACUGGUGCCGCCCGCCGGGUUUUCUCAAGCCUUGGGAAAGUCUAUGGAUCCGACGCGACACCCUCAUCGCCACCAAGAUUCGCGUGUACCGUGCACCCGUCCGGUCUGUCCUUCUCUAUGACUGUUAAUGCUGGGCUGUGCGCGUGGCGGACGAGCGAAAACCGGAGGUAUCUGACCACCACUGCCUGAGGACCAUCCGUAUGAAGUAUACCGACUUCGUCUCAAAGGAGACAGUCCUCACUCGUUGUGACAACAUCGCAGGGAUAACCCAGGUCAUCCAAGAAAGACGACUGAGGUGGUUUGGGCAUGUUCUUCGCAGUCCACCUCAGGAGCUAAGUGUUUUUGCCCUCGAUCCGGCACCAUUAAACUAUUGAAUGUGUCCAAGAGGGGUCAACUGAAAAUCUGGCUGGACACAGUCCAUCAAGACAUGGUGGUUCUUGGACCUUCGGUAUUCAGUCUCCAUCUUUGGCGAAGAGAAUGGUUUAAACUGUCUAGACCUUCUGCUGCGGAUCGUCACGCGUGAAGAGGUACAGUUCGGGACAUCAUGGAGGCCGACUAGAUCAGACGUGUUUGCAGCCGUGCCAUGUACAAAGUAAGUAAGUAAGUACAUCAGUUAUUCGGCGCCUGAUUACAUAUAGACGCCAUCAGAACCGCAUAUAACCCUUCUGAAAGUCCAGUCAACGACGUAGUUGAGCGAUCUAGGCGACGCCCUCUAGGCACGACCACGGUCUUAACGAUUACAGGUAGAAUAAGCGACAUUACACAACCCUUUUUGAGUUGUUAGUUUAAUAACUGUCGACUGAGUGAGUGUGAAUUGGAAGUUUCACAGAAUUGAAGCAAUCGUUGGACGACACAGCGUCCAGUUCCUUUGCGCGCCACGCAAUUGAACCCAGCGUUUUAGUUUUACUGGGCGUUAGUGUUGUAUCAGGGAUUUCUUCUGGUAGGCGGGAUAGCACAACAGUGCGUAAACUAGAGAACGAGGGGGAUAUUAUUGAGUGCAGGCAGCCUGCUGCUAACUUGACAAGUUUUCUAGAGCCUGUUCCACGAAAGCUGCUACUUUCACCCUCUUUUUCCUGCGUUGCUGGUUGGUUUUGUCGUCAUAGGACGGAAAAACCUUAUCGUUGCAGCAUCCAACCCGUGUUUUCUUGCACUGACUCCGUCACUGUGGUGCCUCUGAGCCAGUCAGCGAGGUGUCUCAGUUGCUUUUUUAACUGAUGGCUUCAUUGAUGACCUGCUAGUGCCGCUUGUUUCUCUUUUCUGACUGGUCAAAGCUUUGACUGUGUGGUUCUGUCGUGACUUUGCGACAUGCAGGCACGGGGAAUGAGCUGUGUUGGGCAUGGAUGAAGCUCGAGACUUCAGGUGCAUGAAGACAGAACCGUGAUCUGACCCGUUGGCAUCUUAUUGACAAAUAGUCGACUGCGUUCAGUGGAACUCAACAGUCGCUUCGACAAGGGAGCCCAAAACGACUGACCCGGUAGCUGUUGGGAGAGACAUCUGACCCAGUCUAGGGCAUUUGCUUUCGGGUGAAAAAGAUGUCGCCAGGCCCUUCGGACAUCUAAAUGGUUUGUUAGAAGUUCUGAUUGUGGCUUAUUCUCAGUUUGGAUUUUGCUGUGCUCGAAUUAGUUAGUCGUUUUUUGGAUGAAUACCAAGGUCGAAGGUUCGGAAUCACAAGGUAGACCGCCUGAGAUGUCUACUCUAUGACUCUAUGGCUGGCAGGAGCUGUCAGCCCCUUUUUCCCGCUUAACACGGUUUUGCUCACUUUUAAUUUGCUUGUUAAAAUUUCAGCCACAAUUCCCACCCGAGUUCCAGGCUCAUGUAGGAGACUUUGGAGGCAGGCUCUGUAGGGCGGAGGGAUAGCCACUUCCAUGAAACUUUCAAGUCUCCGUUCCUCAAACUAGUAGUUCGUUGACUCGGGUGUGCAGAAUGCCGUCCAGCACUCAGUCAGACACUUGCUUCACACUGAGUCAUUCUAGCAGACGUGACCCUUUUGGUAGCCCACAUUCCUGUUUAUCAAGCUGCCGUCGCCAUCCACUUUCUGCACAAACGUAAUUGUUCAGUGGUCUUUUCUUCCACAUUCUGAAAUUUUUUCCAGUUGUCUUAUCAGUCUUCAUAACUGCUGUCAGCCUUCGAAAACCUCAGAGGAGUACUGCGUCCACAGUGUAAUUCGCAGGCUUUGGUCAUCGAAGGUUCCGUUUUCAGUUUUCAUCUACUGUUGUGCUAGGCAGAUACUUCACCACUUUUUGAUUUCAUAAUCUGGUAUUUUCAGUCCAAACGAACUACCGACUUCAGUCAAACUGGGCUAAUUAGGUAGCUAUCCUCCCUCAUCGGUACGCGUCGAACAUGCGAUCAUUGAAACGGUGGUUGUAUCAACUUGUCAAACGUUCACACUGUCUUCUGAUGAACAACGCAAUUAGAUUGUCUGACACAGUUUGGUGCCGCUCGCGAAGUCACAUCUCAAGCCCGAGAGGCAGGGAGGGAGGGAGGGUGAGUUAGCUCACUGUGAGUCACCGAACUCUCAGGCUUCAUUGAUUAACGACCCUGUCAAGUCUAGUGCCUUCUUCACCUCCGUGACGCACUCGCCCCUCACCUAUAUUCGCCUCUCUCUCUCUCUCUCUCUCUCUCUCUCUCUCUCUCUCUCUCUCUCUCCCUCUCCCUCGAAGCAAGCACGGACAAAUGGACGUCAGUCUGGGCCUUCUGAGGCUUCUGACCGGUUGCGAUAGAAAUGGUUCUUCCCUGGUUGCAGCUGACAUUCACUCUUUCCUCUUGUUUACGUAAAAUUAAGUAGGAGAAGAAGCCGUACAUGCACGCAACUUUUUUCUCUUUUGAAACAGCAAGCGAAUGUUUAUUAACUACGUGACCCCUAAAGUAGCCUCAAUUAAUCGGGCAGACUGGUCCCUUGAAGUUUGUAGAGGCUUGAAAUUUCCGGUGAUGAGUUCUCCCUGCCAGACGAUUUUUCUUCCAUGCAGUUGUUGCACCACUGUAACAGCUAGCUGCUUCAGGCGAGAUUGCGCAACCCUGCAGGAUUAGACGUGCUAACCAGUUAGGGUUGCACCACCCCCAAAGGCAGGCGUCUGCGAGCCUUGCCUAUUCGCCUCUACUCUGUGCUCCAUCGUUGUGUAAGUUAGGAUUGUUGCAUCACCGCCUCGCAUCGAUGCCGUGUCGUUAGACUCGACUCGUCUGGUGGUGCUGCUAUGCCUCCUCCCUCCCGCCCUGCUAAUUCUUAGUACUGUUUAUCAUGCCAUCUGACUUCAUCGCUUAAGGAAGUCCUUCUGAUGGCUGUGCUGACUCUGCGACUCGAAUUUUUUUCUACUACAGUGCAUCGUUUCACGAAAAGUGCGCAGCACACCUCAAAUGACAGAAGGCCCUUGCUGCUGUUAUGCCGCUCCAGCGGCCAUCCGCGCGUACACCGCCGUCACGGGAGAUGUUUUUUUUUCUUGCUAGUCCGCAGAACUGACGAACGCACGCACAGGCCUCGUCGUUUGCUGACGCGUGACGAGAGUGAAUUGCGUUGGAGGCGUAGUUUAGCGUAAUCUCGCUCGACUGAUUCGUUAGUUUUAUCGUAAUGUUUUUAAUAAAUUGCUCGUUUACUCGGCCCUGCGUAAUCUUUGCCCUGAGGCAACUGGACUGAACUGCCGUCGUUCAGGUUACUGUGCUGGUUGUCGUCGAAAAAAACUAGCCUGGGGAGACGCAUUCCCGUGCCUGCCUCGAUCUCGCCACCUUCCCCUCCUCCCGGCUUGGAGCAUCUAACGAUGCUUUUGCCUCACACCUCUUUUCCCUUCCCUGGAGCGUAUGUAGACCAGAUUUUUUAAGUUCUCUAGAUGAAUAUUGAUGCUCUCGAGUGGGUUUUUUUUUUAAUGAGAACGUUACAAACUGAACCGAAUACUUUGAAAGCACGUGUGUACGUUUUAUUUGUGUGAGGUCUUCCGCUGGCCAUGACCAAAAUUUUCCCGUUUCUGAGUAGGAAUGUCACCCACGUAUGUGAGAUCCGGGUUGCCACCACCGGGGUCUAGUGAGUGUAAUGAGAGCCAGCUCGUGUGUGGCACGCGUAGACGACUGUUUGGCUUUGUCGGCCUCUGUGCCUGCUCCCACCUCCGGCCACCUUGACAGUGUCUUGCAAUCUAAGUACGGUGGGUGGGCGAGGAGGGUAUGCUGACUGCAAAUAGAAGUAAAGAGACGAGUCCCAGGAAGCAGUCUUGAAGAAGGAGAUGCGACCGCUGGGACAAGAACUUUAUUAGCCUGACGUUUCGGAUUCCUGCUCGAACCCAUCAUCAGAGACAAAAACAGAUAUGGGUGGUUCAUGCACAAGGGGCUGCAGUAUUUAUAGGAUGCAGUCGCCAUGCUACCGCAUACCUAUGAAUAUUCAUGGCUCCCCCCUUCAUCAGCGAUCGUUGCACUUGGUGUGCUGACUGUUUCAUGGCCGACAUUCGCGUCGUUAAUUGCUACAAUUUUAUCAACUGCGUUGGAUGUUGGUGUGAUAAUUGCUCGACCAUCUGAUCCACCGACCCUGGCGUUGGGAAACGUGUUCACCUGUGCGCUCCCUGCGUGACCAAUUACUCCGCCUAGGCAAAGUCUUAGCACCAGGUAUGGAAGAGAAAGAUCAUUGCACUUGGUAAUGGACUGGGGGCCAGUAAAACAUGACGCAAGCAGCUCCCGGCUCACGCGGUUGUCACCUCUUGCGAGAAUUUCGGCCUCGUCGAAUUUGAAUGUGUGGCCGGAUCUCGUUGAAUGUGACGCAACUUGAGAGCGGGCAUCAUUUCUCCGCACCGCUGCAGCGUGUCCGGCUAUUCGCGUUUGGAGCUGUCUUCCGGUUUCGCCGACGUAGUUGCAUUGUCCGCAACUGCACCAGAUCCGAUAAACGACUCCAGACGUUCCUUGCCGUGGCAGCGGGUCCUUCGGCUUCAUUAACUGGCGCCUGAUGGUCGCCUCCGGUCUGUGUGCAACACCAACCCCAAGUGGUGCGAGAAGGCGGCCGACAACUUCCAAAACGUUCUUGACAUACAAAAGCGCUCGCCAAAAUUAGGUGUCCAUGCGGUUAGGCCUUUCGUGCCUUUUGCGAGAUGAGCGAGGAGGGUAUGCUGACUGUUGUGAAUAAAGGUAGUUUUCCUACAGAAUCUGGAAUUUAAGUGUUGUCGAAGAAAACUGUUGUGUAAUUCGAAGGGAGAAGGAGGGGGCCCUUCGCUUCUUAAAGCAAAUUGACAAAGUGCUGGGAACUUUUACCAAUACAGUUGCACGAAAUGGCGCCUGUUCGGCUUUUUUGUUCAAAACACUGCAACUCCUUAAGCAUCGGGUUUUGUUGUAAUACUAGUCUCCUACCGGUAAAAAAAAGUAACCCACAGUAUGCGACGGAAUUUUCGAGACACUUAAAUAGAGAGGACUGCUCAUUACUUGAAUUUCGACUUAAUUUGGGCGUUGCUUCGUAAUGGCUCUCAACUGAGAAUUGUCCCAUCCUUUUAUCGCAUUCGCGACGACCACUUGCUUAUUUUCGAUGCUUGGCAAGAGUAUGGCAUGUAAACCCCUCUUGAAAAGACUGUAGUUAAGUACAACCCUAGCGCUAACAAUAGCCAUGUUCGUAAUGGGUAACCUUACUCCAUAACCCGUAAGCCCAUUAAGGAGAACUCGAACGUAACCGUAACCUCGAUCCAAACCUUACGACCCCUACCCUAACCCCAACCCUAGCCUCAGCCCCCAGUCUGAACCAUAACCCAAACGUGGAAACCCUAGCCUUAGGAAUAACCCAACCCCUAAUACCAACUCUAACCGUAGCCCUAACUCAGACCUUGAGUUGGAGACGGACAACUUUAACGCUAAUGAAAGUGAAAAUCCGCGUCUCACACAACCCCUUCCGAAACCUAUUGUCAGGCAAACCGUUAUGAAUCACACCUACCUAGGUAAGGGGGUUUGCAAAUCCUACCCUCGUCCAACACUUGUCAUUUUUUCCAAAGCGAAAGCUUAGUAUGAUUACGCCCUGAAGUUACUUCUCAUCGAAAGCUAUUAUUUGAAGAAUAAAUGGAAAGAGGGGGCGGAUAACUUGUCUGGCAGGGAGAUGCUCUGCAUGCGUACACGCCCGCUUUAUCAGGUUUAAGCCAGUGCCCCCCGCCAAGAGAGUCACGUGAUGUAUGCACUGAACCGACAUGAAGACCAUAUCGGAUUUUGGCAGGCGUUAUCGGAAUGCGCAGCACAACAAAUGCCAAAAUUCUGGGAUGCGGUGGCAGACCAGUACACGUCGGGCACAUUGAGACCCCUGCCGCCCCCCAUUCCUUUUUGUUGGUUAAAAUCCUGAUCAUUUGCUGUGUGGAUCUGGGGGGGGGGGGGGGGCGUGAAGUGGAUUACCAAGGCGCGGGCUCGACCGUGCCAUCCAUCGGCGCCCUCCCCCGUCUCCGGUCUUCUUGACACCGGGCCCAGGUGGAGGAGGAGGAAGGAGUGCGAUUGGUGCUGUGCAAUUCCACUACCACUGUAAAUUAACUCACGCACAAGUCACUGCCCCUGUUCCACCUUUCUGUAAAGCACACGGUGGACAUCGCCGGGUGCGACGGUCGAACUGUCAGGUUUAAGCCAUGUCAAUUGUAGGGUCUGCGUGAAGGUCUUCUGUCCCUCAGCUCCUGGCUGGAAUAAUUGACUGACAGCCCAAUUAACCGGAGCUGUUGUUGCCACUACGCAAACACUUCAUCCGUCGCCACGAAGGUCCUCGUGUACCGGUCAAGUGUUUGGCUGUCCGCGUGGAAGAUGAGCGAAGACUGGCUUCGUUUGCCCACCGCUGCCGGAGGACCAUCUCUCGGGUGAAGUACGCCGACUUCGUCUCAAAUGAGGCAGUCUGCACUCGCUGUGACAGCAUAACCAGGAUAUAUCAGGCCAUCUAAGAAAGACGACAGAGAUGGUUGGGUCACGUUCUUCGUCAUUCGCCUCAUGAGCUUAGUGUCGCUGUUCUCGAUCCGACGCCGUUGUCUAUCUAGGGACCUCGAAGAGAAGGUCAACUCAAAACUUGGCUCCCUAAGACCCAUUGGUGGUUCUUGUGCCUGCGAUGCUCCGUCUCCGUUGCUGGAGGAGAGAAUGACUUGAGCUGCACAGAUCGGCUGUCGCAGACCACCAUGCAUAGCGAAGCCACAACUGGGCCAAGUCAACCAUAACAGCCGAACUGUGGUCGUCCAAAUCUCCGGUUGGGCCUAGCACCGGGCGACUUGGUGGACGAGCGGUUUCGUGUAGUACCUGAACCGUAAUUUUAGAAACCUUAUCCUCCACCUCCCACCUAGAGACGCACUGACUGAAGGCCCAAGGGUGGUGAAACCUUAUUAAACACGGACAACUUUUGCUCUACGGCAGUACUGUCAUGACUCAUGAGCUUUUUUAUAUAUUUGCUGGUACGUUCCACUACCGGUCAUCAGCCAGCCUGGCCGUCACAGGCAACGAGCGCCGCCACUGUUUCACGAGGUUGAUUCAUCCGUGACCUGAAAUGUUGACCGAAACUCUGAAAAGCGUUUUCGAUUAGGAAGGAUUACUGAGGUGGAUUUGUAAUACUGAUUAUCUUGCAGCAUAAUCCUAUAAUAUUUUGAACUCGGUAGGAUUUUGACUUUUGAAUACACUUCUUUUCGGCCUCCUGUAAAAACCGCACUCGGUAAAAAUGAACUAAUUAAGUAGCAUGCAUUUUUCACGUUGAUUUUCUAUGCUCUUAUAAAUUCAAAUAUAUUUCAUAAAAAACGUGGGAAAAAGUGCUUUCUUUUACUCAUUCGAUAGACAAUCACGUCGUCUGUAUAUUGUACACUUGAAGGAGUAUAAUUAGGUUUUAAAAAAGUUUCUAAUUAUGAGAUGUUUUAAGACCGUGCAAUGUCCAUUCACACAGCAUCGUACCUGUCCGUUUACCACUGCUCCUCAUGAAAUGCACAACAUUGUCCGUUCCCAUUUCAAAAUUUUAUGGACUCUAUAGGGUUUCUUUUUAAAGACAUAGAAGUAUAUAUGAUUUUCUCUAAGCGGAACGCAUGCACCUUGUAGACUGAAAUUACUAAGCGCUAGUGCAACGGCUGAUCAGGCCCCAAAUUAUUCGGGAAUCAGAAAACUUUUCAAAACCUAAUUAUACUCCUCCUUCAAGUACACAAUAUACAGACAACGUGAUUCUCUAUCGAAUGAGUAAAAGAAAGCAUUUUUUGUCCAUGUUUUUUGUAUAAAAUAUAUUUGAAUUUAUAAGACCAUCGAAAAUCAAUGUGAAAAAUGCAUGCUACUUAAGUAGUCAUUCUUUGCCGAGUACAGUUUAUACAGGAGAUCGGAAAGAAGUGUAUUCAAAAGUCAAGAUCCUACCGAGUUCAAAAUAUUAUAGGAUUGUGCCGCAAGAUAAUCAGUAUUAAAAAUCCACUUCAGUAAUCCUUCCUAAUCGAGAACGCUUUUCACAAUUUCGGCCAACAUUUCAUGAGAUCGAUCACGCACUGCAUAUGUUUAUAUUAGGGUGGACUUGUGCAAGACAACCGUAUGCGGACAUGGGCGCAAUUGCCGGCAAAGCGAAGUACUUUCUCAGCGCAUGGUCCUUAACCCCACCCGCAUUCAGUGGGCUUUCUGGCCUUACAUAAGUACGGUAGGUGGCGUAUUUUGUAGAACACUAGCCGAAAUUCUGAAAUGUGAUUUCUCUGAGAACGGAUAGAUUACUGGGGUGGGCCGUAAUAAUGGGUUAUCAUGCAUUACAAUCCCAAGAUGUUUCAGUCACACCCAGAUGCCGUCUCCAAAUGCACGUCUUUCCGGCCGCCCGGAAAAAUUACAUCCACUAAAAAGUCUACUUGCUUAGUUUUUUUCCACUGAAUUUCGAUAUCUCUUUAAACUUAUAUAUCCUAUAGAAUGUACACACUUGAAUAUCCAUUUUGCUUUUACUGUGUAUUUGAGUUCGCCUUUGCAUUUUCUACUCUAGGAAACGGUACCUCUCGGUUGCGAAAAGUUUGUGAUUAUGAAAUUCUUUGAAACCGUGCAAUAUCUGUUGAAAUAGCAUGUUUUUUGUACGCAUGAAUUAUAAAACUCAAGCAGGUGACCUAUUUAAUGAAAUGUUGGCCGAUACUGUGAAUACGCCUUCGAGUAGAAUGGGGUCACUUGAGCGAAGUUAUAACACGGAUUAUCCUUCAGCAUAAUCUUAAGAUAUUCCAGUCUGGUUUUCAAAUGCGCUUCCUUCCGGCUGCCUGCAAAAAACGCCGCUUAGUUAGUACGGAUUUAUCCCACUUAUAGGUGUUAUGACAGAUUUCAAAUAACUCACUCUGACUCAACUGUGAAAAACGGCGCCUCGGUGGGAUUCGAACCCACGACAGCAAGGGGGGGCCUUAUUACAGUCAACGCUCUAACCAUCUGAGCUACGAGGCCCCGCCGGGCGACGCGAGUUUAAUCACAUUUGGGUCAAGUUUACCCGCCCAACUUACCUCAUUUACUUUCGAAUUAAUUAUAUGUUCAAGUAUACUUUAUAGAAAAUACACAAAAUAUCAUUUCUCGCACUCGUUUGGUAGCAUAUCACGUCUUCUUCAAAUUUUAUAUCCGGAAAAGAGGUAUAUUUCGGUCUUAAGAGUUUUUAAAUUCUCGGAUAAUUUCGAACCCGACCUGCCCUUACAAUCUCAUUUACGGUUUCUAAACCUCAAACUUUAUACUCCCGAUAUGCGAAAAAUUAUUUAUUCCUCUGCACCUUUUAGAAGAAUUUUGCGGUGUAUUCUUGUCAUUAAAAUCUCACUAUAAACGUGAUUUGCUACCAAAUAAGUACAAGAAAGGAUAUUUUGUGCAUGUUUUCUAUAAAAUAUAUUUGAAUUCAUAAGUGCACUGGAAAUAAAUGGAACAAAUGCGUACCACGUAAGUAGUCAUUUUUUGGCAAGUGUAGUUUUGGCGGACGACCAGAGCUAGGCGCAUUUGAAAGCCAGCGUCCUCGCGUGACUGAAAUAUCUUAAGAAUCGAAAUUUGAUUUUAAAAAUCGCACCCGUCUUUAGCGGCUGCAAGUUUUGAGAGCAUCUGGAAAGAAGUACAUUCUAGCGUGCCUGAAAUGCCUUGGAGGUUAUGCUGCGUGAAACUCACUAUUACAACCUAGGUAAUCCCUUCUAACCAAAAUCACGUCUCGGAAUUUCGGCCAACAUGCCAAGAUAUAUGCCAGCUAUUGUACUACGGAAUAUUGAUUAGUUCGAGAUCGUUUGUCCUGUGAAUAAAUAGUGGAUUCCCACUCGAAUCCAUCAUCAGGGAUAGGGCCAGACAAGCGUAGUUAAUUUCCCGGGUGCUACAGUAUUUAUUAGGAUGGAGUCGCUAGGCUGCUACGUGCCUACUACAGUUGGCGGCUCCCGAGUGCAUCGCGGCUGGACUGGCCAGGUGUUGAAGUAUGCAUACAUUAGUGAAGUCCACGAGCCAAGCCGAUCGAAGAUAUGAUUGGACACAGGACUGACUUGGUGCAAGGUCACUGUCUUAUACGGCGGCAGCCGUGGUGGUGGGUAUGAUGUGGAUGAACUGUCGUCGUCUCAGUCGUCACAACUGUCUGGACCCCUAGACCUAUUCGAUUUUGCCCUACUGAAGAAUUGCUCUGUUUUCCUUCCCCCCUUUAGGUGGUUUUCACCUGUUGCGUCCUCACGGCGCUCAAGUUUGCCUUCUUGUUCUUCUGCAUCAUCGAACUGACGGUGUGUAUGAAAUGGGACAAGUUGAUGAAUAGCAGUGCCGUCAUCAGCGACUGGAACGAUGUCAUCUCGCCGCCGGCUGUCUGUUGGGCCAGAUUGCCACCACUAGCAACCAUCUGUCUCGCGGUUGCAGUCAUCGUCUUCGCUGCUCACCUUGUUCGCUCCAGUAUUUUCCUGAUGCAGGUCUGGGGAGUUCGUCGAUUCUGUAGCAUGGUCCUCGACCUGCCUACCGGUGAUGCUGAACUGGCCGAUAUCACCUGGUCCGAAGUCCUGCAUCGCCUGUUGUCCUGUCAGGACCAGAUGCGACUCUCGCCCUCCAAACCCCUGCUCGAUGAGCUGGACAUUUAUAACAGAAUUUUGCGCCGAACCAACUAUCUCAUUGGUAUGAUCAAUCGGGAGGCGAUUCCCUUCCGAUUUCGAGUACCGAAGUGUCUCUUUCCCAGCCACCACUAUAUCUACCUGCCGGACUUCUAUCUUCUCAACCUCAACUACCUGUUGUUUUGGGGCCCAAAAUGCCCCUUCGUCACCUAUUGGAAACUGCGGCCUGAGUACAAGUGGCUUACAAAGCGACAGGAGUUGGCAGACGAGUUGGCCACACAGUCGCGCCUAGCGGGCCUUGUUGGUCUUUGUUUGAGUCCGUUUGUCCUUCUGGUCCAGCUCCUGCUCUUCAUGUGUUCCAACUCGAAGCGCCUGCGUUACGAGCCCGCCUCCCUGUUUGGUCGUCGGUGGUCUAACUACGCCCACUACUACCUACGUCACUUCAACGAACUGCAUCAUGAAUUUGUGGUACGCCUGAACCAGGCCUACUUGCCGGCACAGCAGUACCUGGACUGUUUCCCCUCGCGUCUACUCAAUGUGAUUGCAGACAACGUGGUCUUCUGCAUCGGCGGCGUCUCCCUACUCCUCUUCGCUGCCAGUCUUGUUCGCGAACAGUUGCUCCAUCUGCCGGGUUUCCUGGCUGUGUUGGCUAUCGGUGGUGUCCUGACAAAGGUCUGUGCCAGCCUCCUGCCAGACGAACAGGCAGUGCACUUCCCACGCGCCAGACUGAUUGAGACGCUGUCACGCAUCCACUACAUGCCCGAUCACUGGAAGGAGCAUGCGCAUACUCACCAGGUGCGCUAUGAGUUCUCGGAACUGUUUCAACUGCGGAUUGUGGGCGUUCUGGAGGAAUUGGUCUCACCCAUCCUCACUCCUCUCAUCCUACUCUUUUAUCUGCCCAACCACUGUCUGGAGAUAGUUGAUUUUCUGCGCAACUUUACUGUCGAAAUUGCCGGUGUGGGAGACAUCUGCAGCUUCGCACAGCUGGACAUCCAACGCCACGGUCAUCCAGACUGGAGCCCCCAUUUCGACGACGACGACGACGAUGCUCAUGAUGAUGGUGCAGGCUCACCACGUCAUCACAAACAACAGGCCUAUGGCAGUCCUGCUCUCUCCCCGCAGCAGCCCUCUCCACCCUCUUCGCACGAUGAUGAAGACUCCUAUCGGCAUAUGCCCUCUUUUGGAGGCAAAAUUGAGCUGAGUUUGAUGCACUUUCACAUCACUAAUCCGGGCUGGAACCUGCCCCCUGAUAGUCGCGCCUACCUGGCGGCUGUCCGCAAGCAGGCCCUCAAUGACAUUCAGCGCUACCAACAGGAACAGGUGGACCUAAUGCUGGGCAUGCAGUCCUCUGUGGAGCACCUCCAAACCUCCCUAGAGCGUCCCUUGGCCACCCAAGCAGUUUCCCCACAGACCCUCAGCUUGUACCGUUCACUCUAUACAACAACGCCAGUUGCCGGUGGGCAGGGUAAAUUCCCUGAGACCGGACCCGUCUACUCCUCGGACUUUUCCACUCACGUCAAGAAUGUCGCUUACCUCUCUGGUCCUGCCGUUAUGUCUGCCGAGACACUGGGUGUCAGGGGUGCCCUUGUAGAGUCCAUGUAUGGCGGUGUGGAGGCGCCACCUUCGGCGGCCUCAUCGCCUGGUCAGCAGUCCCCUUCAAGACCAACCGCUCCGACAACCGUCUCACAGGGUGACCGACAGCACAAGGGUGUCAAACCUUCGGGCUCGUCGAAGGCUACAGACGGGCGUCUGCCUGAGGCGCCUCAGCCCGUCACUGCUACCGGCCCGACAUCCCACAUGUCCUCAAGCGUUCUUAACAGUCCGCGUCUCCUCUUCCCAUUUCACGCUGGCGGCGUGACUCCAUCGGCCAGCCUGAUGGGCGCCUCUGGUCUCUACAGUGCUGCUGCCCUUCAGUUGCCCUAUCAACCCUACACUUCGCAAAUGGAGGACAGAGCCUUCCUCAACAGCACCCUACUGAGUCCAAGCUUUGGCACCAGCAUCUGCCUGCACCCCGGCGCCACCCGAGGUUCAGCGACCGGCAUGACUGAACUGACUGCAGAUAUGGACGCCAGCUCGCUCUACAUCCACGAACUGCACCAGCGUCGUCGUCAGCAGAAACUGGUCCAAACGCCCUCCCCGUCCAGUUUUGCCGCAAGCGUAGCUUCACAGUCCUACCUACGUCCCCUAAGACACAUUGGUGGACCUCAUCGCGGAGACGACAACCAUGCGGCCGGCGGUGCUUCCUCUGCCUCGAGGAACCAGGGCUGGGAGCCGGCAACUGUGAGGAAUCUGGACGCACCUGAAUUGCGCUACCAGCAGCCCGGGGGCAGCUCCGCUCGUGCCAGUCAUUACAUUGGCCCGGCGGGUCGAGGUCGUUCCCUCUUCCACGCCUCCGUGGUCUCACGUCCUGGCGCAGAUCCCAGACGCCAGUUUGAGGAGGUCGCCGAAGACCCAGAGGAGGAUGCUGAUGCAGUACAGCAUCAUCAGUCGCGACAGCGUCCCGCUCCCACCCCAACACCACCGCUUGUCCCACCCUCCUCAACAAGCGGAGAGACGACAACGCGCGGACUGUCGCAAGUAGCCCCGCCCCCACCGCUGGCCUUUGAGAUUCCUGAAGCCGGAGAUGACGUCCCUAUUUGGCCCGACCUCCCGCCCCCAACCUGUUAA